AUGAAGAAUGUAAUGAAAGAUCAGCAGAAAGUGAGGAAAAAUCAAAUAUCAGGAAGAAGUAAUCAGCAGAAACAGAGAAGUGAGGAAGAUGUAAAUCAGCAGAGAAGUGAGGAAGAUGUAAAUCAGCAGAGAAGUGAGGAAGAUGAAAAUCAGCAGAGAAGUGAGGAAGAUGAAAAUCAGCAGAGAAGUGAGGAAGAUGGAACAAAAAUAAGGCAGAGAAGUGAGGAAGAUGUAAAUCAGCAGAGAAGUGAGGAAGAUGUAAAUCAGCAGAGAAGUGAGGAAGAUGAAAAUCAGCAGAGAAGUGAGGAAGAUGAAAAUCAGCAGAGAAGUGAGGAAGAUGGAACAAAAAUAAGGCAGAGAAGUGAGGAAGAUGUAAAUCAGCAGAGAAGUGAGGAAGAUGAAAAUCAGCAGAGAAGUGAGGAAGAUGAAAAUCAGCAGAGAAGUGAGGAAGAUGGAACAAAAAUAAGGUUCCAAUCGAGGAAAAUUGAGGAAUUAAGAUCAAAAAGAAAAGUUUCAGUGAGAGAAAACUUAGGAAUUGAGAAAAUUUUUGUCGUGAGAAUGAAGAAAUCAAGAAGAAUCAAGGAACCAAGAGAAGUUUUAAGUCAGGAGAAUGAAGAAAUCAAGAAGAAUCAAGGAACCAAGAAAAGUUUCAAUGAAGGAGAAUGUAGAAUCGAGAAGAAUCAAGGAAUCGAGACAUUUCAAUUAAGGAGAAUGUAG